GUAUUUGUGUCAGUGUUCAGUGUUGUGUGUGCGAAAAUUUCGAAUCAGCUGUGUUUUGAAUACUUUCUCAUUAUUUAUUUGGAUUUCAAUUUUUCAAAAUGCCGAAAGAUCAGUUCAGAGAAAUACAUGUUGCUAAGGAUAUAUCCGCCAUCAAGUUUUGUGUCGACAGUCCCUCAGAUAUGCAAAUGCAUGCUCGCCUCCAAAUUUUUCAAACAAAUAUGUACGAUCAAGGACCACGAACUCCAGUUCCCUAUGGAGUCUUAGAUAGAAGACUGGGGAGCUUAUCCAAUGCAGAACGAUGUGAAACCUGUGGUGAGACAUUAACAGAAUGUUCAGGUCAUUAUGGGUACAUUGAUUUGGAGCUUCCAGUUUUUCAUGUUGGUUAUUUCAAUCAUAUUCUGAAUAUACUAAGAUGUAUAUGUAAAAGUUGUGCUUGUGUCCUUCUCGACAGUAGUCUCAAAAAUAUUUUCCGAAAAAGAUUUCAAAAUCCAGGAUUGAGUUAUAUGGGUAGGAAAAAUCUGCGAAAGAAAGUAUUAGUCCUGUGCAAGAAGGUAAGAAAGUGUCCAAAUUGUUCGAAAAUAAAUGGUACUGUCAAAAAAGCCACUGCUGCUAAAGGAGGAGCUGGCGGAUCCGUUCUGAAAAUUGUGCAUGAAAUCAGCAAGGGGAAUGAAAGAAAUGAAUUUGUGCUGCAAGAAAUGGCAAGAAUAAAACGUUGUGUUGCAUCAAAUCCUAAUCUACAAAAUUGCGUAGUAGAUUCACUCACUGAAAAUUUAACACCUAUUGAUGUGCUAGCCUUAUUCAAAAGAAUUCCAGAACAAGAUGUAUGGUUAUUAGCCAUGAAAUUCGAAAGGUCUAAACCGGAAGACUUAAUUCUAACACGCAUGUUGGUUCCUCCAAUAGCGAUCAGACCAUCUGUCAUCUCCGAGCUGAAAGCAGGAACGAAUGAAGAUGAUUUAUCAGUCAAACAGUCUGAAAUAUUGUUUAUUAAUGAUUGCAUCCGUAAACACAAACUAUCAGGAGCGUCAGUAAAUAUGUUUCUAGAAGGAUGGGAUUUUCUGCAACUUCAAACGGCUCUUUAUUUCAAUAGCGAACUCUCUGGAGUUCCAUUAGCCAUGAUGCCAUCAAAAAAGCCAGGUCGUGGGUUAGUUCAACGAUUGAAGGGAAAACAAGGAAGAUUCAGAGGUAACCUUUCAGGAAAACGCGUUGAUUUUACUGCUAGAACAGUAAUAUCACCUGACCCCAAUUUGGAAAUUGAUCAAGUUGGCGUGCCUAAGCAUAUAGCCAAAAUUUUAACAUUUCCGGAAAUGGUUUUUCCUGGUAAUAUCAGUUUUAUGAGGCAACUGGUAAUGAAUGGACCUGAUAAGUGGCCAGGGGCAAACUAUAUUCAACAGAAAAACGGAUUGAAGAAAUAUCUCAAAUAUGGUAAUAGGGAAAAGAUGGCACAGGAAUUAAGGGUGGGUGACUUGGUAGAACGACAUUUAUUUGACGGUGAUGUAGUUUUGUUUAAUAGGCAACCAAGUCUGCAUAGAUUGUCCAUUAUGUCCCACAGAGCGAAAAUUCAUGACAACAGAACUCUUAGGUUCAACGAGUGCUGUUGUAAUCCUUAUAAUGCUGAUUUUGAUGGUGAUGAAAUGAACUUACAUUUACCUCAGACAUUGGAAGCCAAGGCAGAAGCUGAGAUCUUGUUGGGGAAUAAACAUAAUUUAGUAACUCCCAGAAAUGGCGAAUUGCUCAUUGCUGCAAUACAAGAUUUUAUAACAGGUGCCUACUUAAUAAGCCGAAAAGACACAUUUUUUGAUUGGCUCACCGCCACACAACUUGCUGCUAUUUUAUUGGCUAGCAAGGAUACCUCAAUGGACGUACAGUUGCCACCACCCUGUAUUAUUAAGCCAAAGUGUCUGUGGUCUGGAAAACAGAUAAUCAGCUUAAUAUUUCAACCAAAUAAACAAAAUCCUGUGAAAGCAAACCUAGAGGCCCCUGGAAAGGGAGACGCUAAAAAGAAAGAGUUUUGUGUCAAGGACACUUAUAUUUUGAUAAGAAAUUCUGAACUUCUUGCUGGCACCCUCACUAAAACCAAUUUAGGCAGUGGAGGAAAAGAAAAGAAUAUAUUCUAUAUAAUACUUAAGGAUUAUGGAACGGAAUUUGCUAUAAGAGCAAUGUCAAGAAUAGCACGCCUCACAUCAUAUUAUUUGAUGAGAACUGGUUUUUCUAUUGGCAUUGGCGAUGUUACACCAAGUGAAAACUUAUUACACCGGAGAAGAUCCGUCCUUAAAAAUGGUUAUAUGAAAUGUGAUGAAUUCAUAUCAGAUCUGAAUGAAGGUAAAUUACGUUGCCAACCAGGAUGUACUGCUAAUGAGUCUUUGGAGAGUAUGCUUCUCAACGAAUUAUCCUCUAUUAGAGAUGCUUGUGGACAGGUUUGUCUGGAAGAGCUGCCUCAAUCAAAUGCACCUCUUAUUAUGACACUCUCUGGGUCGAAAGGUUCUGUUAUUAAUAUAUCCCAGAUGGUGACUUGUGUUGCACAACAAGCUGUUAAUGGCAAAAGAGUACCGGAAGGAUUCGACAGCCGUUCCUUACCCCAUUUUAGGCAUAGUUCCAUAUCUCCCGAGGCGAAAGGAUUUGUAGAAAAUAGUUUUCGUUCAGGUAUGAUUCCAACAGAAAUGUUUUUUCAUACAAUGGGUGGCCGUGAAGGUCUUGUAGAUACAGCGGUGAAAACUGCUGAAACUGGUUACAUGCAAAGAAGAUUAGUCAAGGUACUUGAAGACUUGGUUGUUAGUUAUGACGGAACUGUUAGAAAUGCUGAACGUGAUGUUGUACAAGUGAAUUAUGGUGGGGAUAGCUUAGACCCAAUGUAUAUGGAAGGUAAUGGUGUGCCUACAAAUUUUGAAAGAGUAUUCAACCAUGUUAAAGCCAAAUAUCCAUAUAGAGAUGAGGAGCCUCUGACUAGUGAUCAAAUUAAACGAGCCACAACUGCAUUCCUAAGUACUGAUGCACUCAACGAAUGUAGUGAAGAUUUUAAGAACGAACUGAAGAUGUUUAUGAAGAAAAUUGAGGAGAAAGUGGAAAGCGUUGAAAAAAUCUUCGGGAAUUGUAAGGUUGCAAACGAAAUUGAAAGACUAACCUGUAGUCAAUUGGUAACAUUCCUUGAAACGUGUGGACAAAAAUACUUGAAAUCGGUGGUUGAAUCUGGGACGGCUGUUGGUGCUUUGGCAGCGCAAAGUAUAGGAGAACCUGGAACUCAGAUGACCUUGAAAACAUUUCAUUUUGCUGGUGUUGCUAGUAUGAAUAUUACACAAGGAGUGCCAAGGUUGAAGGAAAUUAUGAAUGCAACUCCUAAUAUAAGCACACCAAUUAUCCAAGCUAGUCUUGUGGAUUCUACAAAUUACAAAUUUGCUCAAGCAGUAAGAAAUCGAAUCCAAAAAACAACAUUAGAGGAGAUAGCUACUAAAAUAUUGGAAUGUGCUAUGAAAGAUAUGGGUGUGUUUAUAGUUAUUUGCUUAGACUUUCAGCGCAUGUGUGAACUUGAAAUUAAUGUUGACACUGUGAAGUACAGUUUAUGUACUUCGAAAUUGAAAUUGAAAGCAAAUGAAGUUAAGGUGGAAAGUAAAACCAUUAUCAGUGUCAAACCAGACAGGAAUUACAAAAAGCGAGAUUCAAUUUUUGUCAUAAGUGACUUGCUUAUUGCUUUGCCAAAAGUCAUGGUGAAGGGUUACACAACAAUAAAUAAGGCUGUUGUAGUAAACAAUGAUGAUAACACUUAUAACUUAUGUGUUGAGGGUAAUAAUUUAAGAGAAGUCCUAGCCACAUAUGGAGUUGAUGCUAAUAAAACAAGAUCUAAUAAUGUCAUUGAAGUAUACCGAACAUUAGGUAUUGAAGCAGCAAGAGAAACUAUAAUGAAUGAAAUUAUGUUGGUGAUGGAAAAUCAUUCCAUAAGCGUUGAUUUUAGACAUGUUAUGUUAUUAGCGGCCCAAAUGACGCAUACUGGAGAAGUCUUAGGAGUAACAAGACAUGGUCUAGCGAAAAUGAAGGAAUCCGUCUUUAAUUUAGCCUCUUUUGAAAAAACCGCUGAUCAUCUCUUCGAUGCAGCAUUUUAUGGUCAAACUGAUAAAAUCAGUGGAGUUUCAGAGAACAUUAUAGUAGGAUCCGAAUCACCUGUUGGAACUGGAACAUUCAAACUUCUUCAAAAAACUAAUUAUAUACAUUCAAAACAAGAUAGUGAUCCACUUUUGUUUGUAUAUGAGAAUUAAGAAUUUGAAUAUUUUUAAUAAAUUUUAUUUUCAAAAUAUGAAUUAUCAACUCAA